AUGUAUCAGCAAGCAGCGAUGUUGCUGGAUGAUCCGGCCACCCGAUCCUCGAUGGUCUCAUUGGAGCCUCCAAAGCCCGACUCCUUCAACCGUAAGUGCAAAAUAAUUUGCACAAUGGGACCGUGCUGCUGGGAUGUGGACAUGCUGACAAAGCUAAUUGAUCAGGGCAUGAACAUUGCUCGUCUGAACUUCUCUCAUGGAGACCAUGAGGGCCAUGGCAAGACUGUUGGCCGGGUCCGCGAGGCCUCAAAGCUGCGCCCUGACAAGCCAGUGGGCAUUCUCCUCGACACGAAGGGCCCGGAGAUCCGAACGGGCUUUUUCAAGGAGGAACUGGCAGGUGGGAAGAUCAAUCUCAAAGAAGGGCAGGACUUGAAGCUGGUGACAGAUUACAGCUUCAAGGGCGACGACAAGACGCUGGCGGUGUCGUACGUGACGCUUCCCACUGCUGUCAAGCCAGGUCAGAUCAUUCUUGCCGCAGAUGGGUCGCUCUCGCUGAAAGUCAAGAGCUGUGGCAGCGACCACGUCAUCACCGAGGUGAUGAACGACAUUGCCAUUGGCGAGAAGAAGAACAUGAAUCUCCCGGGAGUUAAGGUUGAGCUGCCGGUGCUCCAGGAGAAGGACAAGAAGGACCUGCUUGAGUUCGGCAUUCCACAGGGCGUGGACUUCGUUGCAGCCAGUUUCGUCCAGGAUGCAAAGGACGUGAAGCUGAUUCGGGACACCUUGGGGAUGCGAGGGCGCCAGAUGAAGAUCAUUGCGAAGAUUGAGAACCAGGAAGGAAUCAACAACAUUGAUGAGAUCGUGGACGCAACUGAUGGAGUCAUGGUUGCCCGUGGUGAUAUGGGCAUGGAGAUUGAUAUUGAGAAGGUUGGACUUGUGCAGAAGAUGAUUAUCGCCAAGUGCAACCUCAAGGGCAAGUUCGCCAUCACUGCAACCCAGAUGCUGGACUCGAUGGAGCGCGCGCCCAGGCCAACCCGCGCUGAGGCCACAGACGUACUGAAUGCUAUCCUGGAUGGCUCUGAUGUGGUCAUGCUCUCCGGGGAGACGGCUAAUGGCAAGUUCCCAGAGCUCGCGGUGAUGACAAUGAGAAGAAUUUGCGAGCAAGCAGAGUCUGUGAUCGACUACAAGGCGCUGUACUUGCGAAUAAGAAUGGCAGUGCUGGAUUCUGAGCGCUCCAUGUGCCCUGUGGAGUCUGUCUGCUCAUCUGCCGUCAAGACAGUGGUGGACGCGAACUGCAAGUUGAUCAUCUCCCUGACGGAGACUGGACACACGGCCCGAGUGAUCUCCAAGUACCGUCCUUCUGUUCCCAUCCUCGCCAUUACUGCCAGCGAGACGACUCUGCGCCAGCUUGUGGCCCACCGCGGAGUGGUGCCUAUUCUGACAGCCUCCUUCCAGGGCACAGAUUCUGUCAUCAACAAAGCCUUGGCGAGGGCCAAGGAGCUUGGCAUGGUGAAGCCUGGAGAAACCGUAGUGGCAAUCCAUGGACAGCGCGAGGAGUGCCCAGGCCAGUCGAACCUCAUGAAGGUUGUGGUGUGCCCCUGA